GACACAUAGGAAAAAGUAAAUUGAAAUGAUUGUUUAAAUAUGGAACUACAUUUAUAAUAUUUAUUUUUUUUAGCCGAAUCCCGCACCCGUAUCCAUAAUCAGAUUCGCACCCCCGAAUCUUAAAAAUUAAAUUUUGACGAAUUCGACUCUCGGAUCCACACCCGAAUCCAUGCAACUUAGCUAAUGGUAGACUUUAUCUCAUUGAAGGAGAAACAAGUAAGUGCCCAUUUUGGUUGACUUAUAGUAAGUGAUUUUAAGAAAAAUAGCUUUUAAGCACUUUCCUAGUGGGGUAAGUUCAGUCAAAAUGAUAAAAAUAAGCCUAAGGUUGUUUCUUGGUGGUUCAAUGAAGUGGGUUGAGCACCAUGAGGUUUUCGGUUCAAUUCCCAACAGAUAUAUACGCCAGGUGAUUUCUUCUCAUCUGCUCUAGCUUUGGGGGACAUAGUUAUCUGGUACCUAUUGCUGGUAGGAGGUGACAAGUAUCUUGUGGAAUUAGUCGAGAUGGGCGCAAGCUGACCUGAACACCAUAGUUUUAAAAAAAAAAAGGUAAAAAUAAGCCAAAAACCAAAAGACCAGGAGCCUUGGAGUAACUGGUAAAGUUGUUAUGUGACUAGGAGGUCUCGGGUUUAAGUCUUGGAAACAGCCUCUGGCGGAAAUGUAAGGUAAGAUUGCGUACAAUACACCCUUGUGGUGGGGCCCUUCCCCGAAUCCUGUGCAUAGCGUGAGCUUUAGUGCACCGGGAUGCCCUUUUAAAAGCCAAAAGACAAUUCAAACAAGUUCUCAUGUAAAUGGAAGGUCGGAAUUUAUAGGUUUGGAGUGGAGUAGGAAACAAUAUUGAUUAGAACUGGCACAUUUGUGAACGAAUAUGAAUUAUUACCUUCUAAAAUUCAGGAUAUGUUUGUAUUUUCCUCUAUUUCUCUUUCCCUCAUUAAAGUUCUAUAUAUGCUCCCUCUCCCACAAUUCAUACCAUUGCACCUAAUUAGAGCGUGAAUUGUUCCCUGUGCAUAAUUUUUAUGGAUAUAGCUCAAUUACGCAUGUAGCUGGAACUGGGGUAAUGUGCAGUCAUCUUGCAGUGUCAACAAAUACUACCACUCGUAACAGGAUUAGGACUUUGUGGUCAGAUGCAGUUUUGUCAACUAAGAAGUGUGUACCAUGCAACACAAAGGAUUUGAGGACUUUGACUGAAGAAGCUGCCAAUCAGUUGAUGCCACAGGUGUCGGGGUGGGAUUUGGUUAAUGAUGGUGGCACACUGAAGCUGCAUAGGUCCUGGAAAGUCAAGACUUUCACCAAAGGAUUGGAGUUCUUUCAAGAAGUAGCGAAUGUUGCAGAAGCUGAAG